CCACCGGCACCUCCAAAUUCCAACCAAACCAAAGUCGAAGCUACUAGAUAGCCCUCCGUCAACUACUGCCCAAUGGCAACCGCCAAGCGAGUUCUUUGGCACAGCAAAUCGUCCAUUUAAGAGCUUUUUCUCCGUAUCUCUUCCUUUUUCCCGAGUUUUCUCUUCCGUGAAUUCUGAUAGAAGGAAUCGAGGAAGGCAGCCUUUCUCCAUCGCUCAACCACCGCAAUCUUCUCUGGCUCAUAUUUCUUCUUUGGCUUCGUUUGAGGAUGAGGGGAUCGAACUCGAAGCCACGGGCGUCGGAGAACGGGAACGGCGAGGCUGCGGACUGGGAGCUGAGGCCCGGAGGGAUGCUGGUGCAGAAGAGGGAAGAUGAGUUUGACUCUGCGGUUCCAUUGAUCAGGAUUAAGGUCUAUCAUGACUCGUAUCAGCAUGACGUUACCGUCCCGGCCCAAUCCACUUUCGGGGAACUGAAGAGAGUUCUUGGUCAAGUGACUGGUCUCGCACCUGAAGAGCAGAGGCUACUUUUCCGGGGGAAGGAGAAGGAAGAUCAUGAGUACUUGCACAUGGCUGGAGUUAAGGACAUGUCGAAGGUGGUUCUAUUGGAGGAUCCUGCAAGCAGGGAGAGGAAGAUUGAACAGAUGCAACGGAAUCAAGGAAUUGCUAAGGCAUGUGAAGCUGUUGCAGUUGUAAGGGAUGAAGUGGACAAGCUUAUUGAGAAGGUUAAUGCCUUGGAAUCUUCUUUGCGCAGGGGUACAAAGGUACCAGACCAAGAGUUUGUGGUUUUAACCGAGUUACUUAUGAGGCAGUUGCUCAAAUUGGACAGCAUUGAGGCAGAGGGUGAAGCCAGAGUGCAAAGGAGAAGUGAGGUUCGCCGCAUACAGCAUUACGUGGAGUUGCUUGAUGCGCUAAAAGUGGCAGCCCGAAAUCCAAAUCCCUUAAGCAACAGCAGCAAUGGAACCACAGUUACCAAACAAUGGCAGACAUUCGACUCAGGUAUGGGGAGCCUAACUCCACCCGCAGCUAAUCCAUUUACCCAAAUAAAUAAUGAAUGGGAAAAGUUCGAGUAGAACAAACAAAGCAUAUCAGUAGAGAGAUUAUUCUGUGCGGCGUCCGAACGCGUCCGGAAGUCAAUCCGGACUCAUCAUAUCAUCCAAUACACCGUGUAUUGAAUGACGUGGCGCGUCCGGACGCCGCACCUAAUAAUUUUUCGUAUCAGUGACAUGAAUGCUACCAGCCUUUCUUUCUAAGUUUUCGUAUAGAGUAACCUAUCCUUUUGAGAGCCCCCAGUGCUACUUGUAUAUUAUGUUGGCCUUAUCGAACUAUUAGUUAUCCUUAAACAAUUUUAUCAUAACAUGACUGAAUAUUUCAGUAUGUUACAGAGAAGUUAGCUCUCUUUUUCAGUUUUU